AAGCUUCUACAGCAAAAACGUGACAUUGAUUCCAAGUUAUUUGGGGAUCCAGAUGAGUUUCCUCUUAAUCAUCUACUGCAACCCUUUAGACAAUAUUAUUUACAAGCUGAGCAUUCUGUACCAGCCCUUAUCCAGAUAAGGCAUGAAUGGGAUCAGUAUCUGGUACCAGCUGAUCAUCCUGAAGGAAGCUGCAUCCCUCCAGGCUGGGUCCUUCCAAGUCUCCCUACCAGUGACACCUGGGCCACUGCUGUUAGAUAAUUUUAUAAGAAGUCAGUCUGAAGUGGUAGGAAUUUCACAUAUAGAUUGCAAAAUAUCAAGAGAAAAUAUGAGCUGUCUGGAUGACGUACCUUUUAAAAUGCCCAAGAGCUUUGAAGAUGACUCUGCGGAAGGCACCAACUUAAUCAGUUUAGCCGACUUUGAUAUUCCUGACUGCACUGAGAUCCUAAUGUGCACACUGCAUGAUUUCUCAUUAGAAAGAAAGGUGCUUUACUGGAUUGAGGCUGCUUCUGGGCAAGAAACUCCUUGGUAUGGAGUUACUACUGAUGCUGUGCCAACAGCUCCACCUUGCUGGCUGCUUUUGGUUGAUCCUAAAGAAAACUAUGUCAUCAAUACACAGAACGAGGAGAGAGCUGAUGGGAAAGCAAAGGAUGGUGUGACACACACAACCUCUGUUCGGAGAUGUGUAAGCCUAAGUGCUGCUGAUGUGAAAUAUGGCCCUUCCACAGCCAGAGGUGCACCAUCUGAGACGGAAAGUGAGGACUGGUACUCUGAAGAGAAUGAGUAUUCUGAGGACGAUGAGUAUUCCUCAACUACUGGUGAAGAAAGCAACAAAGAAGAAGAAAACAUUUUGGAUAACAAAUUUGUUGAAAGCGCCAUGCCUCAGCAUUCCAGAGUUCACCAAUUUAGACCAAGGACUUCUCCGGUAUUGUUAGAUCCACCUUCUGAAAACUGCUGCCAUGAGCCAGUUACCGCAAAUCUGAUCAAGCAGAGAAGAUCCAUGAUUUUAUUUAAUAAUAUGAAGAAUGAGUUGGAAGAAGCCAAAAAGAAGUUAGCUGCUUUAGUGCAUCCUUUAAAUAGAGCAUCUGUUGAAAGGAAACUGGCUCCAAGACCGGUUUCUCUCUACCAGCGCUCUCGAAGUAGCAGAAAUCUUAGAUACGGACCUGCCUCGGAUGUAUCCUUGAUGGGAACUUUAACCCCAACACCUCCACCUACCCCUUGCUGUAGUCCCAGGACAGCUUCUGCUGCUAGAUCAAUACCUCCAAUAAGAAACCAUAAACCCACAGUUGCGUCCCUCAGCCCCUAUUCCUGUCUUCCACCCCCUUCUGGGGCUCUGCGACAUCCAAGUUCCCACAGAACUCAUCCAGAUUCAACAGCUGACCUCCUCUCGGCAUUAAGCCAAGAGGAACGUGACCUUAUUGAGCCAGUUAUAGCCUUGGGUUAUCCGAUACGCAGAGCAAUCCUCGCCCUUCAGAAGACUGGAAGACAAAGUUUAGGUCAGUUUCUCAGUUACCUUAGUGCCUGCGACAGGUUGCUGAAACAGGGCUAUGAAGAGGGGCAGGUGGAAGAAGCCAUGGAAAUGUUCCAGUACUCGGAGAAGAAGGCAGCUGAAUUCCUGCAUCUUUUAGUGCAAUUUAAGGAUAUGGGUUUCCAGCAAGCUGAAAUCAAAGAGGUUCUUCUGCUUUGUGAGAAUCAUAGAGAUAAGGCACUAGAAGAGCUGAUGACACGAACACAGGGAUCAAAUCUCUGGUAACAGUGACAUCUUUUCAUCUCUAGACUGACCACCACCAUAGACCCAUGUGUGUCAGUUUCAUUCUAGAUGCAGGCUGUUAAUUUAGUGAAAGACAUGACUAUAGCCCCUCAGAAAUAAGCCAUUAAAGUUGCAUCUCAUUCUCGCCUCACUUUCUGUGAACAUCUAUUACAAGUGGCUUUGUCACUGUACCAUAGCAGUGGCUUUAUAUCAGAAACUUUUCUCCGUACCCCCACUUUCCACAUGCGCACCUUGACUAUCUUAUCUCACUGUUUUGGAUAAAAUGGAAUUGGAUCCAAGCCCCCAUGUGGCUUAAAUUCUGCAAAAACCGGGACAUGGCUUACAAGGCUUUGCAAAACAUGGCCUCCUCAGUACAAUACCAGCAAAUAUAGCCAGAUGUGAACUUUACACAACACAAGCCAACAGAAAAGGUUUCUGUUUGUUUUUUUUUUUAUAAAAGCAGGACAUUUCCCCAGAAAAUUAGUUCCUGUUUUCUUGAGAUGAGUCCUCCUGUCUGAAGUGUGUAACCAAAUUCUAGAUUUCAGCCUAAUAACAUUGGCUUCCAAUUUAAAAGGUUAAAGGUAAAAUGAAUACAAUAUUUAACUGAGUGUAAGAGAAGAACAAAGGCUUCUGUUGUAAUUUUGUUGAUAACUAAUAUAUCAUGUUUAUCGAGUAAGAUGAAAAAUGGCUUAUGCAAGACGUAUGCCCUGCAUGAACAGGAAUUUUCAUGAAAUUUGGAAGAGAACUGAAGGAAAGAUUCUGCUCUGUGUCCAAUUGAAGAAAGUGCGGAGAAGCAGCACAAUUCCAGAAGGUGGGAAGUGGUGGCUCAAAUAAUCAAGUUUUGCACAGUCUUUGAGAUCUGGAAAAUUUGGAUGUAGGCUUUUUUUCUGGUGUAACUGACAUACAAAGAAUGUAACUGAUCCAAAUCACCUUCUUGGAUGUCUCUCUGCCCUUUGCAACAUUACAGGGAUAAUGUUGUCACAUAGAUGAACUCAAGCAUUUGAUUUUCCUUUGAAUUAGUCAUAGAUGUAAUUGCUUGUGAGCAAGGGAUAUUUUCUUUUUUUUUCUUAAAUAUGUUUAUUGUGUCUUUUCCUAUGAAAAUGCCAACUGGCACAACUUAGCAGGGACAGUCCUUAAUUAGCUGCAGAAUAUUUACCGUUUUCCAUUGUGUCCUUCCAAAAGCUUUCAUAGUGCAAUCUAUUUCAGCUGAGUUAAACAAUCUGUCCUUACAUUUCUCCCCCAUGUUCCCAUUUAUAGUUUUAAAUAUCGUUGUUUAGAAAAUGCCCCUCUGUUACUGCUUGAUAUCCUACCACCCUCCUGAGGUGUCACAGCAGGGCUGGAACACCGGCUCUUGAAAGAGAGGGUGAUCUCAUGUUAAGGCCCUAGACCGGAACAAGGGGACCUGAGUUCAAUUCCCAGCUCGGCUACAGGCUUCCUGUUGGACCUUGUACAAUCUCUUAAUUCCAAUUAUGAAAUGGAGGUAAACUUUUCCCACUCUUUGUCUGUUUUAAAUAGACUGUAGACUCUUUGCCCCAAAGACUCUCUCUUGUUAUAGCAUGCCAUGGACCAGGUACACUUCUCAGGAAGUCUUGAUUGUCUCGUCUAUGCCUGCGUCACAGAUCCUAAUGAGUUCCCCUGCCUGGCCACAUGCUAGGGUUGCUGUGAGGGGAAUUUAAGCCUUUGUCCUCUGGCUCCCUGAGGUAUUUCAAGCUUCUAGAGCCUGAACGGAGCUCAUCCCCUGCCCCAAUCUCAAGGUCCCUAGGCAAAAUCUCUAUGCACAGACCUUCUAUCUGGCACCCUCUCCAAGGGUUGGAACCUGCUGACCAUUCACCUAACCCCUCUGGGCACAGCACUGACCCUCCAGAUUUCCUGGUACUUAAACACAUGCCUCAUCAUGCAUCCGAUGGAGUGAGCUGUAGCUCACGGAAGCUUAUGCUCAAAUAAAUUUGUUAGUCUCUAAGGUGCCACAAGUCCUCCUUUUCUUUUUGCCUCUCCCAAAGUCCCCCCAAAAGGUGCAAAGCUUCUAGGUUACAGGUUAAUUCUCUCAAGGGCUCGCAGUAGUUGUGAUGCAGUCAACACACACGUUGCCCAGUCAAACAUUGCUAUGCUCUUAACGGAUAAAGCCCACAGGAGAGUACAGAUCAUACAAACCCUCCUAAAUACAGUGUCCCUCAUGGGCCUAAGCUUCCCUUGGGGUCUUUGGGAAUCAUCUGUCUUCCCUCAGGCAGGCAAUGUCCUCCACCCCCAUGCCUACCUUGCCCCUGCAGCAGACUUCCUCACCUUCAUCUGGGGAAAAAUGUUUCUCUCGCCCAGUCUCCUCCAGUGAGUCUCUUUAGACUCCCACUAGGGUCACCUACUUUUUUUGUUCUCCUGGUAACUUUCCAUUACUUCCACCCUACUCCCUUCAGACAACCGGAGGAAGUGUCUUCUCCCAGCUAGAGGAAACAAACCCGUUGUCCCUAGGUGUUCUGUUUUGAAUAGAUGAUUGCAGCUCACUCACCGUGGUCUCUGGCCAGCAGAAACUAUGACACAACCCUGCUCGUUCAUGGUGGAGCCACGUACAAGUAGGCUUCCCAUGACACAGUAAUGUCAUAAAGUCAUCCAUCACUCAGAAGUGGUACAGACAGAACCCGCAGUUCAUCACAGACUAGAAGGGAAUCACUUUGAUUCCUAGGCUUUUUAUGCCUUCCCUUGGUAUAUAACUGCAGAGAGCAAUAUGGCUGUCCUACUGGAGAGAUGCUCAAGCUACCGAUAUAUGUUGUAAGUACAAAGCACUGAAACAAACAGGGACAAUUCUGAAACCUUUACUCAUGUGAGUAGUCCCAGUGAGAUCAAAGGGACUACUUCAGUGAGUAACUCUAAAUCUGCAUAUUAACACUUGGUCUCCAAAUCAGAACACAUGCUUUAAAAAAAAAUUAAUUUGGCCAGUAAGUUAGUUCUGUGUGUGACAGGAAUUCUGCAGCCGUAUCCGUCACAUACAUACUUUUCCUUUCUUCACUUCCUUGCAGAAGUUUUUCACUUAGUUACACAAACAUUUAUUUUUGAACACAGUCCUUAAAAGGCAAGUCCAUUCUACAGACAGAAUUUUUCAUCCCAUUUAUUGUUGCCAAGAUGAUGUCACUUUAGGAAAAAAAAGUCUUGCAAAACGUUAACAUAUGAUUAAAGAAACAGUUUAAAAUCUAACUUUGUAUUCAGAGAAGUACACAUAAUUAAGAUGUAAAGGAAUAGAUAACCAUUGUGUGUUCCUCUCCAAUGACUACAAAACAUUCUGACUGCAGUAUCUUUUGGGUAGGAAAUAAAAUUUGCGGAUGGUUUUGUGCCCACUUAUGGUAGAAGGGGUGACUGUGCCUAAUGGUCUGUGUUUGAAAGUUUGUGUUGAGAUUUUUUUUUUUGGCUUUGUAUAGCUGAUUUUUCCCCACCUGUUCUUUUUUGAACGAUUCUCCUUUCAGCCCUCCAAAGCUGGCCGUUCUAUGUUCAGGUGGCUUAUAGAGGCAAUGGGUAGCUGACUCAUCAGUUUUACUUUGUUGAGUGUUACUUUCACUUUAGCUUUGUGGACAAGUUAAGUUAAUCAAUGUAUUCUUGCCUUGCGACAUCACGUCUUGCACACUGAAUCCCAACACAGGUUUCUUCUCUAAAUGUUACAACUCUAGGACACUCUGUAUUUUAGUCAUGUGUAUUUCAGGAAAUCUAAAAGCUGUGGACAAAAACAAAUGAAGGGAAGAAAAGGUGUCCACGGGGGCUAGAAGUUGUCUUGCUUGGCCUCUUUGAGGCUAUACUUAUAAGGAAUGGAAAAAGCCUGCUGUAUUAAACUAUCCUGGAUGAGUUACAUAAGCCUGUAAUAGUUAUUUUAAUUACUCUAAAAAGGGGGUUACGCGGAUUACUCAGCUUAAGGUGAUUUUAAAACAUAAUGACCUAUAUGUGCUGCUGUUAGUUUAGGAGACAACUGUGUUAAGUGUUAACUGACUUCAGCUAAGAUAGGACAUAACUUUGCCUUCGCUGAGUUUAUACUAGCCCGUUUGCAAGUAAUAGUGGCAGGUUUCCAGUUGUAACAGUUUAGUUCUCUACUGGAGGUUUAAAUGCAAACAGAGGUACAGCUUGCUUCUCGCUCGUAACGUUGUCAAAUAAUGCGUGCAAUUAUAAAAAGGUUAAUGGAGCAGAAUGACUGGAGGAGCACUCUGCUUUCUAUCUUUGUCAUACAUGGUCUCAUAUCAAAAGGGCUUUCUACCGAUCUUUAGCAUCCUUGUACUAAGUAACAUCUCAUUUCAAAAUAAAAAAGCAAAAAUAUAAAAAUCAAA